GGGCCGGCUCGAACCGGGGUGGUACCACGACCUCACAGAAAACCAGCGUGAAGUAGAGGUUUACCUCUGCGUUUCGCUUGGUGAGUGCAGGUGGCCGGAGGCCCUUUUUACUGGAAAUGAGGCAUUCCAUCUUAGUCCUCACGGGUGACAACGCAUCUACAUUUUGAUUUGUAAUAGAGGAUAGAUGUAGAUGUCUAUGGGCCGCAGCAACCACUUACCACCAGGUGGACUGUGUGCUAGUUUGUCACCCUUAUCCUAUAAAAAAAAACUAUGUUUGCUAGCUAGAUUAGAUAUAUGGGGGCUAAUUUUUGUGAUUAUCCAGACACACACAAAUUUCUCCCGAAUUGGGUUUUGCAGUAUAUCAGUAAUAAUAGUAAUUUUUCUUAUUAUUUCAGGAUCAAUGUCUGAAAUAAAAUUAAAAGUACGUGUGCCUGUAGUCGAUAAAAACACAUGCUCAAAUGUAUACAAUAAGGCUAAUCGGAUUAUAACUGAGAAGCAGAUGUGCGCUGGGGGCCUUAAGGGCGAAGACUCUUGUCGCGGUGAUUCCGGCGGACCUCUGAUGGGUCAAAUGCCUACCGCUCAGAACUGGCUGGUAGUCGGUGUGGUGUCCUACGGUCCAACGCCUUGUGGUACAGCCAAUUGGCCCGGAGUGUACACGCGUGUAGGCGCUUUUGUCGACUGGAUCGUAUCGCAUAUGUAUUAGCACUUUCACCCUACAGGAAAUAUAUACGUUAUAGUUGAGUAGGAGGCGAUUGUAAUUAGCUUAUGUAUGCAUAAUAAAAGAUGUAAGUAGGUAGUUUUUUUUUGUAUGCGGAUAAUAUCCCAAGCCAAUUUUUAUUAAGCAGUUCUACUCAAAAUACAAACGAAUUAGAAAUUCAAAAACAUGUUUAAUACAAAAUUUUACUCUUAAAAUGUGCCAUUGUACUAUUAAACUGUUAAAUAACUGAGGUUCUUCUGUUUAAUUCUAAAUUUCUAAAGAAUAUUGCUAAUAGUAAUAAUAUGCUAUAUCAUGUGUGUACCGCAAAAGAUGAAUGUGUAGAGAAAAUUACCAAAUCUAUUGGUAAAAAGAACUUAAUUUCGUAAAUAAACCUUUUCUCUUUUGACAAUUAAAAAAAAACAGUAAUAAGACAUUCCGUGUACUCCUUUAACACCUUAGUUCAGCUAUGAAGAAAAACACCAAAUUUAGGAAUUAUAAAUAAAUAAAUAUAAUAAAAUAGCCUUUAUUUUUACUACAAUGCAAACUUGACAUAUGAUUAAUCUAGGUUAUAAUAGUAUAGUAUAAUUAAUAUGUAUUUUUGUUGUAUGUGUAUGUAUAUAUAUGACGUAAUUAAUAUUAGUAGUAGUCGCUUCUACGGCGUAGGCCUCUCCUAAACCUUUCCAUAUAUCUCAUUCCCGAGCCACUCGCAUCCAUAGGGGUCCACAUCUCUGAUUAAAAAUGUCUCUCCACCUUUUAUUUGGUCUCCCUUUUUGUCUCUUCCUGUCUCUUGGUAUCCAUUCUGUUAGACGUUUGGUCCAUCUGUUAUUAUUCAUCCUACAGAUGUGUCCUGCCCAGUACUUGUUCUUUUACUUACAUCUAUUAUUUGUUUUUUUUCCUGAUGUUGACGUUGUUAACCUUAUCUGGUAGUUUUAGACCAAGCAUGCUUCUUUCCAUUUUGCGUUAACAGAUAGCAAUUCAUUCUUCGUCUUCUUUUCUCAAUGACCACGUCUGGCAACCAUAUGUCAGGCAUGGCAAUAUCGCUAUUUCAUAGAGCUUUUUCUUUAUAUUUAUAUUCAUAUCCUUAUUUUUCAUUAUUUCUCUCAAUCCCCAAUAUUUCUUCCAGGCUAGACUUAUUCUUCUUUCUAUUUCUUUUUCUGUAUUGUUUACAAAUGAUACUAGCUGUCCUAAGUAUACAUAUUCUUUUACAUAUUCAAUUUUUUCAUUUGCUAUUAUAAUGUCCCGAGGUACUCCGUUGGUUAAAAUCUUGGUUUUCAUUGACAGUCCCACGUUUUUACUUUCCAUUGCUAGUUCGAACACCAUACUCUCCAAUUCGGUAGCGCUUUCUGCGAAGACCACUAUGUCGUCCGCGAAACGCAAGUGGUUCAGCAGUUCUCCAUCUACCCGUAUUCCUUUCUUUUCCCAAUUUAGACGUCUGAAAAUAGAUUCGAGCACCGCUGAAAACAACUUCGGGGAGAGAGGGUCUCCCUGCCUUACUCCUUUUUGUAUGGGGAAUUCUGUACGUUCACGUUCUAGGCGCACUUUUGCUAGACAUUUUGUAUAUAUACUCUUGAUUAAGUUAAUAUAUUUCUGAUUGACGCCUUGUUGUGUAAGUGAUGUCCAUAUAGCUUUGAAGUGUAAAUAAUCGAAUGCUUUUGUGUAGUCUAUAAAACUUUAAAUAUAAAAAUUUAGGAAUUACCAUUAGCUAUAUUAUCGCAGCAGCAGACUACCUUGCUCCAUCAAAACCCUCUAAGAAAUGAGGUGGAAAACCUGUGGUUCAGCAGUUAUUUAUUAACUGUAAGGUGCACGGUUUGGCUUAUAUGGAGGCACCAGUACCACCACUAAUUGGUAUAUAAUAAAUUAAUCAUUAAUAUACCAAAAGCUAUCAUCUUAAUUGAAACCAGGAUGGUAACCACGAUGUACAAACGACCUCUACGGAUUUAGUCUCCAAAGUGAAAGGAAUAUACAACAAACUUCAAUGAGAAUUGAGGACUAAUAAUACUACGCUCACCGGAUGUCGCUAGUUGUACUGAAUUAAACUUAUUUUUUACAUAGAUGAUAUUUGACCAUCUGUGUAACAAAUAAGUUCGUGUCAUGGUCAUUUAAAUUGCGUUUUUAAAAAAAAAGUUCUUCGAUUCGCUUGCUAAUGUAUACAUGUACGCAAAACAAUACCACGGUGGUCUUUAUUAUAUUUAGCGGUUUUUUUUUUAAUUCUUCGACUACAUUAUAUCCGUAAUUUGGUUUAUCAAUUUGUAAUUGAUUUUAUAUAACUAAUAUUUCAGAAAGAAACAAUCUUUACACUUUAUAACAAUCAUGUCUAACAAUCAAUCAUUGGCGCCACUCUGGUGGCAGAAAAAGUUCUUACUGAUUUAUAGAUUUGACAAACAUGUAAAAUUAAGUGUUAUGGUAGUUAGACAAGGAGUCAUAAGGGUAGUAGUUACUAGAUACCAAUAGUUUUUGGAGUUAUAAGGUGUCGAAAGUAGCUAGAAAAAGUAGCUAGAAAAACACAGACCGUGCGUCGGCCUUUUUUUUUCAGAAAUUUGCUGUCCCACUAACAUGUAUCUUAGAUGAAAACAAAAAUAUUGAUUAUAAAGAUCUUUAUUUUCCAAAUUAACAAAUUCAGAUCUAUGUAUUUCUUAACACACUCUUCUAGGCAACCUAGUAGAUUUCAUAUCUACAUUAUAAUAUUACAUAUUAAAUAUUUGUGGCAAAAUAUAAAUUUGUACGAAAAAUACAAAACAUAUCUUAAUUAGAGAUAUAAAUAUCAGAAACAUUAUAGCAGAAUUGGCACAUAUUUAUUGUUUGUACUUUUCUUCUUCUUUGGAAUAAAUGAAAUGUUAUGCCACGAUUCAUGAUACUGACUAAAAUAUUAGUACAAUGAGAAUUCUUUAUAAUAUUCUAGAAACACGAAGUUUUUACUCUUUCUCAUUUAAAUUUACGAUUUUAUGGCUUUUUCUAUAUUCUAAGCUAGCAAAAAAGUCAAUAUAUUAUAUGAUACAAUUGUGUAAAAAAAUGUAUAGUAAGACAUAACUUACCUAUAUAAUACUUGAUUUACAUUAUUUUGAUGUGUUCUUGUUUUAUAAUAAUCCAGUACACAGAUUUAUUUUGUUAUCUUCUAUUAUGCAGGUAAAUACUUGUACAUUUUGAAUAAGGUGCUAUCUUCGCAAAUUAAAAUAAAGUAAAUUCAGAAUAAAGUUUUUGGUGGAUCUACUAAAUAAAGUGAUGAGACAAUAACCGAUACACAUACAUUGGUUUGUAUUGGCUAUAUAUACUUCUUAAAUAUUAUUAUUGCUAUAUUUUACUUAAAAUUAUAUAUUAUGUAAUACUACUCUAUAAUUUUAAACUAUCUCUAGAGGAAUGUAAUAAUUAAUGGAAUGUUAUUGUUUCUAAGGAACUUAGUUAAGACCAGGAAAAUUUACCUAUACUCUGUACUAUAUUUAAAUAAUGUUAAAAUCAAUGGGAUAUGGUACAAAAAAUAUUAACCUACACUAUUGAUUGUAAAAUAUAAAAAAGAUUUCUUUAUUCUAAUAAAAUAUGUAUGAAAACCAACAACGCACGUAAACAUAUUUAAACACAGGUACAUAUGCCCUGAUUC